AGCAAACGAGAGUUGCUACAGCUUUUCUCGCGAUACUUCGUUUAGUGUUCGCGGAACAGUAUGGCAGCCGUGUCGCUGAGGUCCUGUAGCAGAGGACUUUCACUAAUGUUGCGAAAUGCAAGGGUCGCAGCUCUGCCUUCACAACACCUGCAAGCGGACAGAAGACACAAAUCAACAGUUCAGUAUGCAUCCAGACCAGACCUUCCAAAGCUAGCUUACAGAAGGGUGAAGGGCAAGAGCCCAGGAGUGGUGUUUCUGCCAGGCUAUGGCUCCAACAUGAAUGGCCAGAAAGCCGAGGCUCUGGAAGAGUUCUGCAGGUCGUUAGGGCACUCAUACCUCAGGUUUGACUACACGGGACACGGUGCUUCAGAGGGAGCGCUAGCUGACGGAACAGUUGGUAUCUGGAAAAAAGAUGUUCUUUAUGUGUUAGAUGAGUUAACAGAGGGACCGCAGAUCCUGGUGGGAUCCAGUUUGGGCGGUUGGCUCAUGCUGCUGGCCGCCAUCGCAAGACCAGAGAAAACCGCUGCACUGGUCGGCAUCGCUUCUGCUGCUGACCACUUUGUCACGGCGUUCAACUCUCUUCCAUUAGAGACUCGCAAGGAGCUAGAGGCCAAAGGCGAGUGGUCACUGCCCAGCAAGCACACAGAGGAAGGUUUGUACAAGUUCAGCAUGGACUUCUUGCGUGAGGCGGAAAACCACUGUGUCCUUCAGAGCCCCCUCCCCAUCACCUGCCCCGUACGGCUCAUUCACGGCCUCAAAGACGAGGACGUGCCCUGGCACAUCUCCAUGCAGGUUGCGGAGCGCGUCCUCAGCCCCGACGUGGACAUCAUUCUGAGGCGGAACGGCCAGCACCGCAUGUCCGAGAAGGAAGACAUCAAGCUCAUGGUCUACACUAUUGACGAUCUGAUAGACAAGCUGACCACCAUGGUCUGAAGAAGGGAGAGAGGAGAUGUUCAGGAUAUGACUGCUAACUGGGAAGUCUGCCCGCAAGGAAAAAUAACCAAACAACGGCAUGUUGCUCUGCCAAACGUCACCUCUGAUGCAUCAGUUGUUUUUCUUUUGUCCUGUUUUUGUCUGUCAUCACUAACAUCUCAUUAUGUUGCAAAUGGUAAUGAACCCUAAAAUUUUCAGGUUGCAUUUGUAUGUUUCUGGUUGUUGUAUUGAGAAUUAUGAUUAGCCGUCUUUGUUGUCAUUCUUACUGUUACACUGUUUCCCCUCUAUCUCCUAGCAUACACAGUUUUCCUGUGCCUUUAUACCCAGUUUUCACCUAUUUUUCGCCAAUAAAACCUCUGCACACCAGAGUGCAGGUUGUAAGUUUCU